AUGUCAAGUUCUGCCUUUUUGGUAGAACAACCGGCUGCUCCAUCUCCUCCAGUUGCAUCUAUAGACCCUUCUGCUGUAGCAUCUGGAAAAUCUCUCCCGGAAUGGUCCGCUCUCUCUAGAAUCGGCCGUGGAGUCGUCAUCGCAAAACACGCUGCAUCGCCCACUCGCAAAAACGACCUCUCGCUUAACCUUGGAGAUGAAGUUUAUGUCUUUGAAACCCACAUCUCCAAGAAGUGGUACCGCGGCUAUGUCGUGUCACCACCCUCUGCCCACUCUGCCUUCAACCAGCCGCUCCCUCGUGGUACUAAAAUCAAUAACGCAGCCCUGAAAGAGCUUGAACCAAACGUCCGGAUUGGCAUCUUCCCUGCCCCCCUUGUCCAUAUUCAUGAAUACUUUGACCUUUCAGCUUCGGAUGCUAAAAGUUCGCUUGCUGACCUUGCAAAAGAGCGCUUUUCUACUCUUGGUGGCUCCAAUCUCGGUACAUCUGACUACGAUCUCGAGGCUUUUAUUUCCGGUGGAGCUGCAAUUUCGCAGCUUUCGCUCAAGUCAAAACCUCCCCCAAUCCCUUCCAUCCGUCUUGGUAAUGAAGCUCCAACUAUUCCCGGUGAGCCUCUUGUUGAUGAUAUUGUUUCCAUCAUUAACGAAUGGUACAAUACUUAUGUCUACCAUCACUAUCUCUUUGGCAACUAUGAACUCGUUAACACCAUCAAUGGCAUUAUCCAAGAGCUCUACAUGAUUCGCCGAAAACUCAUCUAUGGCCUCCUUACCUCUAAUGAACGAAUUCUUGCUCGCAAGAAAGUUGUUUGGCAAAUUUCUCGUGUCGUCAAUAUUCUCAAUAGAGGUCACGUUGUAAGAGAUGCUAAGACAGGUGAUAUUAUGGCCGGUAAAGAGGGUCCAGUUAAGCUCGCCCAGCAGCAAAUUUUAAUUGCCCUGGCUCCUAACUACCCCGACCACUCGCUUAUUGGUGACUCGUAUCCAGAAGCUAAAAACCCCAAGCACAUAAUGGUCGACUUUAAAUCUUGUGUUGGUCAGGGUUACGGUCACGGUCUUACUGUUUACUUCCAGCUCCGCACUAAAUCUGCACGCUUAACCGAACCCUUUUCCAUCAAGGUUAAACCUCACAUGCUGGUGUCGGAUCUUUCCGCUGUGCUCUUUAGAGAUUUGCCGCUUUAUAUCACCCGUGGUGACGUUAUUCUCAACGCUGAGCUUUAUGAAGAUGUUUCUCUCCGCUCAAAAACACCUACUCCACUUGCCAUCGUCAUUGGUAAACCUUCCUUUACUAGUUCUAACAAGCCACAUAAAAAGCACGGCCGUCGUGGUGUUGCUUCAGGUGCGGCCGAUGUCUCUCGUUUGUUCCGUUUGGAGGACAAGGGCGAAACUCCAUUCACUAUUAGAAUGUACGCCAGUUACUUUGCCAACGAAGAACCUAAUAAAGAGAAUAGAGGUUGGGGCGAGUUGUUUGAACGUAUUGUUAGAGGCCGUCCUCGUGGUGUUGCAGUCACUCCCCGUGCAGAACAAGUUGUUUGUACUGUCAAGGAGUUUGAAGCACCCACUGUCAAGAAUAUUGAGCACCUCCAAAACAAGAACUCUCAUGAUGCGAUUGGCAUGGCCCGUUCGCUUCACGUUACUUCUUUGAAUGGCGAACGCAAUGAUGUUUAUUUGACUCUAGGCACCAUUUCGCUUACCCACAUUGAUGCCACCAUUCCAGACUACUUGCUUGUCUCAAUGACAUCUUCCUCCGGCAAGGCUCUCUUUUCCAACUCUUCCAACUCCAGCUCCUACCACACUUGGGACUCCUUGGCCACCUAUAACAAUGAAGUUGUUGGCGAAAUGAUUAAGAUCACGGAUUUUGAAAAGAGUGAGAUUAUCACCUUUGAUUUGUACGUUGGUGGUGAAUACAUUGCUCAGACCAGCUUUCCUCUAUGGCAUGGCACUAAGGUUUGGUCCGGCCACAAGACUAUUUCUUUUGUCCGCGAUGGUGAUAACACUGUUGCCACACUUAAAAUUUCUGUUGACUUUGUUGGCAAUGUUUACAAUACUGACGUUGCCAUUGAAAAGAUUCUCCACUGGCGUAUGGUUUACGACUCACAUGGAGCUGACGAGUUGAUUUUAGCCUUGAAAAAGUUUAAGACUAUUGACAGUAAAGAAUUUGUUAAGCGAUUCCAUGGUAUUCUUGAUUCUCUUUUGGAACUUCUUACAACGUUCCUGAAGUCUGAUCAGAGUGAACUUUUGUUGAGCAUUUUUCAUGCUAUUAUUUAUACUCUUGAAAAGAUUACAAACAAAAAUAAGGAUUACAUUUAUCUUAUUAAUGAUUACCUGUCCAAUCACCUUAACUUCACUGGCUUGGUUGAUCUCAUUAUUCUUAGUGAACAGGCACUUCAAAUCGACACUUCUUCUGGCAGAGAUCAUGACAUUAUUAUCAAAAUGUUUAAGAUCUCUGAGUAUCUUUCUCAAAUUGUUGCCACCUCUGCAACUAUUGCUUCUGGCCGAGGUCGCGAAGCUCAGCAAAUGAUCAUUUCUACCACUCGCAAAAACUUAAAGCGUUUCACUGAAACUAUUAAACAGGUCUUGGUUCGUCAGGAUCCCCAAUUCCUUGAACUCCAAAUGAUCAUUGUGCAAAACAUCUUUUAUUGGUAUUCUAACUUACGCACCUUUGUUCCUCCAGAUGACGAGCUCCAGAUGAUUAUUGAAUUGACUGAUUCCAUCAGAAGCGACAAUGACAAGAUCAACACUCAACGUCUUUUGCUUAUUAAGAAAAUUUCUUCUUCUUGGCAUUACCAGCAGAGCAAAUAUCGCCCUCAUAUUACGGCAUACACUAUCAAGUGGACUUUGCCCUUUUGGCUUGACAACCGUGAGUUCACACAAGAGCGCAAAGAUCAGAUUCGUCUUUUAUCGGGUAUUUUUGCUACACAGUUCCACACUCUUUGGCCAGUGCGACUUAAAGAAAUUGAUGUUUGCAAGCGAUACGGCCAACUUCUUCCUGUUGGUGCAAAAAUUUAUAAUGAGCUUUUAAAUCAGUUUGAAGGCUCCACUGACAACAGAAGUCGUAAGGUGUUUUCGCCGCUUUUCCCUGAUUCCUAUCCCUUUGAAUCGCGGCCUAUUGAUUCGCUUGUCCACAAUUCCGUUUUUGAUGAAACAUUAAUUGAGCUGGGUAUCGUGCUUACACUUAUCGUCAACAUUUCGUAUAAUAACGGCCAGCAAAUCAUUGACAAUUCUUUGUCCACGACCCAGUACAGUGACCUUGCUUUUAACAUUAUUCAUGCCUGCAAUGCCAUGCUUCACUCUGUGUCGUUCCCCAAGCUCUGGAUUUCUCUUUUUGCUGUCCACCAUGAAACUGUUUUAGGCUGUCUUGGUUAUCUUAGUGUUCUUAUGAAGUCCCACUUCAUCCCAUUACCCGAACAUGCGGAAGAAUUUAACUCAGGCCUUUGGUUUUCAUUCUUGUCUUGCUUGCUCCAGCUUGCUGGUUCCGAAGCCAUUGCAGUAGAACACUUGCCUGUUCAAAAGCGCAAAGCGGUGUGGAGAAUUUCUGGUGAUAUUCGUGGCCGUGCUGCAGAGCUUCUCAACUCCAUGUGGGAUGCUAUUGGAUGGCGUUCUACACAUGAAGAUGCUACACGCUUUGAUCUUUCUGUCUUUGGUGGCUUCCAGGUACAAAUGUUUGGUGGUGAAACAAGUUUGGUUCGUGAUGUUUUGAACCUUUGUCUUGUUCGUCAUACUGGAGCUCAAAAAGUGGCUAUUCACAUUCUUCACUCAAUGAUUGUUAGUGAGUGGACUCUUAACGAGGACUUGACUGUUAUCCAAAGAGAAAUUAUUUCUAGUUUGGAUGAUAUUUUCCAGUCUCGUGGUUUCUUGCCAGAAGAGCAGGAAAAAUCUUCCUUUUCGUCACUCCUACGUGCUUCCUUUUACAGCAUUGACCGCGAAGACGUGGCUUACCCAUACAUCAAUUCUUUGCUUGAUGAUGUUGAAGAGUUUUUGGACCUCUUGCUUGAUCUCUACAAUGUUCCUCCUGGAGAUGCUUACAAUGACGACCGUAUUUUCCAUGCUCUCAAUGUGCUCAACUUUUUGAAGGUUGUUGAACGUGUUGAAAUAUUUUCACGCUAUGUCAAUGAUAUUGCUGAAUGGAACCGGUCAAGAAUGAAUUACACUCAAGCCGGUCUUGCCCUCAAGCUUCUUGCCACGGCCUAUGAGUGGUCAUAUGACCAGCAGCUUCCAGCUGCAGAAUAUCCCAAUUUCCCCGCACAAUCUGGGUUCGAGCGAAAGGAAGAGAUUUACGAAGAUAUCAUCCAGUGCUUCUCACAGGGUAAAGCUUUUGAAAAUGCCAUUGAGGCUACCAAAGAGCUGGCAUACGCUUACGAGAAUGUUUCUUAUGACUUUAAGAAGCUUGCCAAUACGACGAGAAUUCUGGCUAAGCUCUACGACAAUAUUGAUACUGUGGAACGUCUUGCUCCUCAGUAUUUCCGUGUUGCUUACAUUGGCUCUGGGUUCCCGCGCUCGUUGCGUAACCGCAUGUUUAUCUUUGAAGGUAACGCUUGGGAGAAGCUUGGAAGUAUUCAUGAGCGUCUGCACAAGACAUAUCCUGGCGCCACUAUUGUCUCAAACGAGUCACAGGCUAAGACUGAAGGCCAGUAUUUAUUUGUGAGCACUGUUGAGCCUGAUCCAGAGGCCAAGAUGGAGCUCAAGUACAGCAAGGUGAAGCCUACUCCUGGUGCCAAGGAGUAUAAGUACCGUCUUAACCUCAAGCGUUUUUCGUACUCGCGCCCUCUUCCUGGUAAUACAUCACCUCUUGACUUAUGGAUCGAAAAGACUACAUAUGAGACUUAUCAAAGUUUCCCCACUAUUGUGAAGCGCAGCGAAGUCAAGAAUGUUACUAUUGUCAAGCUCUCGCCAUUGGAGAAUGCUCUUGAUAUGCUGCAGGCCAAGACAAGUGACCUUACUGACUUGGAAACAACCUUGAAUUCCAACAAGAAGGGCGAUCAAAGCAGCAGUGUUUCGCGUCUGGACCUUGUUUUGUCUGGAGCUGUUGACUCUCCCGUUAAUGGUGGUAUUCAGCUGUACCGCGCAUUUUUGGAAGAUGAAGGCCUACGUGCUGAUCCUAAGAGUGCAGGCCUUGUUGCCUCUCUUGAGAGUGCGUUUUUGAAGUAUGCCUCGGCCAUUCAGCGUUGCCUUGUGAUCCAUGGUCGCGUUGUCCCGCCGACACUCAAACCCUUGCAUCUGAGUCUUGUGGAGCUGUUCCACCGCAACUUUGCUCCUGAGCUGACUACAUUGAAUGAGGGCAUUUCCUACCUUGAUCAGUUCCGUAGCGGCAGUUUGACACGUCGGGUAUCGCUUAGCGCUGGAUUGAAUCUUAACAAGACUAAUUCUAUGCUGAGCUCUGGCAAUCGUAAUGGCAUGAUUGAUCCCUACGGGUCCCAUGAUAACAGUAAUACUGUGGCUAAUGGAAUGCGCGGUCUUGGUAUUGGUGUUACCGAGGCUGAUUUGGAUGACGACGAGUCUAAGGCUAACUUGGAUAACUUGCUGGGAAAUGCAAUUGCUGCUUCUGACAUUUUGAUUAAGGGGUCUGACUCGCGUGGCGGAGACAAUGCCAGUUUGUCAAGCGAUGGAAGCAAACGAUCCACAAUGUUGAUGAAGCAUAUUACACGUCAGGAUCCCUCUAACCGUCAGAUUUUCAAUUAA